CAAAAAACAAACACAUCAAGAUGAUCAUCCCCAAGGCUGACCGCAAGGCAAUCUACGCCGCCCUCUUCAAGGAGGGUGUCCUCGUCGCCGAGAAGAACUUCGAGUCUGUCCACCAGGAGCUCCAGAUUCGCAACCUCUACGUCGUCAAGGCUAUGCAGAGCUUGACCUCUCGCGGAUUCGUCCACACUCAAUUCAGCUGGCAGUGGUACUUCUACACCCUCACCAACGAGGGUCUCGAGUACCUCCGAGAGUACCUUCACCUCCCCGCCGAGAUCGUCCCCGCUACCCACAAGCGCCCUGCUCGCCCGCAGCGCGCUGUUGGCGGUGGUGCUCCUGGCGCCUACCGUGCCCCCCGCGGCGACCGUGCCGAGGGUGGUGACCGCGGAGAGUACCGUCGCCGCGACGCUGGCGACAAGAAGGGCGACCAGCCCUCUGGCGAGUACCGUCCCCGCUUCGCCGGUGUCGGUCGCGGUGCCCCUCGCGCCGAGUAAGCGCAGCAGCGUUCGAAGAACCAACCCCAAGGUCUCGCUCCUUCGUUUGUCUCGCUCGCUCCCCUCCUCGAAUCUCUCUUGGGCGUCGGGCAGGUGCCCUUAGAAGGAUGUCCGGUGCACACGUCUCUUCCCUCUCUUACAGGGGCGGAGUAUUGCAUCUCUUCACGCCCCUCCAGCUUGGAUUCCUCACCCAACAACCGUACCCAGCUUCAGCCUAGUGCUAGUCGCUGAACCAUUCCCAUCGCCUCCUUAUUCACUCUUCGGCUCUUGCUUCUGUCGCUUUCGCGCAAGCUCGAAUCAAUUCAAUCUUCUUUCUUACCCCACCACCAUUACCAGUUUGAGUGUGAAGACAUUGUGGAUUGAUCAUGUUGCGCAGCCUGUGUGCAUUGGUCCUCACCAGCCGGCCGGCCGUCGGUAUCUUGCACACGACUCCCCUGCCUGGAAGAUGUCGAGCAUGAUCUCUGCUCUCAAACCGUCUAUCACAG